AGUUCCGGUCGCUGGUGGCAAGUAUCGGAAAUCGAAAAGUCAAGUUGAAGUCGGUCGAAGAACUUAUGUAUUAGUCUUGCUGCCGCGACGGAUCAACCUGGUGACAGCUGGGAGUCUGAGCUCAUUGAACGCUCAAGAUGCUGCGGUUCGCGGGGACGAGCUUUAUGCAAGGCCUGCUGGGCCCCGGCGCCUGGCCUCGGCGGCCCUUUGCGCCGCGGAUACAAGCUGCGCUCUCGUAUCCUUGCAAUUGUCGAGCGCCUGCUCAGAGCGCAUCCCACUUCAGGCGAGCUUACUCGCAUUCAGCUCCUUUGAAGAAGAGUGAUUCUGACGCGAUCCCGGCACUGAACUAUGGAGAUAUACCGUAUGAUGCAGCAGCCGCACUCGACUCAGAUGGCCGGAUACCAAGCAUGCCGUACGUCCCGGACACAUUGCCAGGCACCGCAACCGAGUAUAAUGCACAUAUCGUUGUCCACCCGUACUCGCGACCACGGCCUCAGCUAUCCUGGCCUGCGAGUAUCGAAAGCGUCAGCCCGCUGAUGUCAGAGCUGGGUAGUCGCUGCAAACAAGGCUCCAGCCUCGAAGGCUACGGUGUCAGCUUUUCUAGCGGAGAGCUUGGCGAACAAGUCGGCUUGCCAGAUCUGUUUCCUCACUGGGACAACCAAACGCCAAAAUUCAUGCGGCCGGUGCCGGGACACGAGUCGGUUGACGAACAGUUCUUGCUCUAUGUAUACCUACCACCUGGCAGAUUCGCCACGGUGGGGCCAUUAUCGUUGGAGACGUUGGACGAAGACAAGCUCUUGCAGGACAAGAUCAUAGAUGCACUAGCAUCAGCAAAGCCGCAGACAGCGAAGCGCAAGCCUGAGGAUGAGGCGCACAUCUACGUUUGUACGCACGGCAUGCGCGACUGUCGCUGCGGUGUCGUCGGUGGCGCCCUGAUGCGCUCACUCAAAGAAACGUACGACCAAGAGAACGCCACGAGCGGUAACAGUCUUAAAUCCACUAAAUUUUUCGCCAUCUCCCAUGUUGGCGGGCACAAAUGGGCUGCCAACGCUCUCGUCUAUCCGCAUGGAGAUUGGUAUGGUAAUCUGCGCGAGUACGAUGCAGCGCUGCUCUUGCGCGCCGCGCAGGCGCCCGCAUCGAGCAUGCACGAUUUGCAGGACAUGCGCGAGCGCAUGGUCCAUUGGAGCCGAUGGCGCGGUCGGCUUGGUUUGUCUGCUGAUAAGCAGAGAGAGCACUAUGACCAGUGGGGUCCACCGCUCAUGCAAACUGCCAUCAUCAAACCCGCUGUGCGGGUCGGAAAGCUCGGCCGCUCGUCCGUGGCGGCUUCUGCUGCUCGGAAGCCUACAUCUGAUGCCUUGACAGCAAGUCCAACGUCACACAUCACAGUCGCAGAAAUGAGUGUGCCCUUGCGUUUCCGCUCGUACGAGGGAGAAUGGUUCAAUGUCAAGGGUACAAUCGGAGAGACGCUGAAAGACGUGGCCAAACGCCACAACUUGCCAUCCAUCGAAGCGACCUGCGGUGGAGAGUGUGAAUGUGCGACAUGCCAUGCAUACUUUGCAGCUCCCGGCGAUAACGUUGACGCCGUAGGCAAUCUAGACACCGAGCCCCCGACGUUGAUUAUCGGCGAUCUACAAGACGAGGAGAACGACAUGCUCGAUUACGCCAUCACACGCAAACCGGCCAGUCGUUUAACUUGUCAAGUCAAGGUGACCAAAGAACUCAGCGAGUGGAUGAAGAAAGGCGGGCGUAUCGAGUUACCUCGAUUUUAGAGAUUCAGAGCAAUAGACGUUGAGACGAUAUGCAUGGAGACUGGAGGUGCUCGACCGAUGCGAGGUGUGCCAGAGCAAAAAAGCAGCUGGCCAAAGGUCCUUGCGACAUUAAGUAGUAUACAG